AUGUUUAGGACCAAACGAACGGGGCUCGUCCGGCGACUCUGGAGGAGCCGUGCGCCCGUCGAGGGCGAGGGGGAGGCGGAUACACGAACGCAUGGAUCCGGGGGUUGCUGUAUGGGUAAAUCGACGAAGGUUGCCGGAAAAACUAGCGUCGGAACGGAGGCUGAAUUGAAAGCCCUGACCCACUCGAUACUGAAAAAAAUAAAAGACAAACAAUUAGAGGGGCUCUUGCAAGCGGUGGAGUCAAAGGGGGGUGCGCGGAGCCCCUGCCUGCUCCUACCCAGCAAAGUGGACACCAAACUGGGUCAGCAGUCUUAUUCCCUCCCCUUGCUGCUCUACAAAGUGUUUCGGUGGUCGGACCUCAGGCAUUGCUCGGAAUUAAAAAGGCUAUCUUGCUGUGAAUCCUAUGGGAAAAGUAACCCAGAACUUGUUUGCUGCAAUCCUCACCACAUGAGCAGACUUUGUGAACUCGGUAAGUUAAUAUACACGGACCGUUAAUGUGUUUAAAAAAAACAAUCAUUGAUUGCAAAUUAUAGGCAUGGUCUAUCUGUUUCACUAUUAUAUAUUAUAUGUGGGUAAAUUGAUUGGCAUGUCACUUUGCCAGACAUGUUGACACAAUUACAGGUGGUGUCUAUUGCAAUAGCACAGGUCAGACUUAGUUGGUGUGACGUUAGAACAGUUUUAGCAGCAUCACAUCUGUCCAUAUGGCAGAGGUCCCUCAUUUUAUUAUUUAUCUAUCUGGGAUACAAUAAAAAUAUAUAUUUGCUUUGAAUGACUCCUCACAGGUAAUGCAGAGAUUACAAAGAUCAACGCAAUUGUAAUUACAUGAUGUCCUUAUUAAUUUAUAAUAUGCAGUAUUUUAUAUUAUGUAGUCUCUUUAUUGGUUUGGCAAAGCUUGGCCUAGGUAUUGUAUUUAUAGAUCUGUUUUUGCUUUAAAAUCUAAAUGGAAAAGCUUAUAAAGAAUUCAAAUAGGCCUAGAUGUUUAUAUUAUGUUUUUUAUACUGAAUGCAUGGCCUACACAUGUUAAAUGUGGUUUCCCAAGUUCUCCCACUGUCUCAUAAAAAAAUAUAGUUGAAAGUAAUUUGAUUGAACAUUAUCAUGUUUUCAUGUCAGGACUACUACUAAUAUAACACACAAGACAGACCUACACAAUGUUCAACUAUUUUAAAUGUCCUAGCCUUUCAUGUAGACUAUCAUGUGUAUUUGACAGUCAGUCUAGACCAAGUUAGUUUGCUUGCAGCCAGCCCGGCAGAGAUUGCGACUGGAGUGUCCUGUUCUGUUGUGAGCCAGAAGAGACCCGUAUCUCCUACAGCCUGAGUCGGAGCCUAGUCAGAUAGCUGCCUGGAGGCUGGCGCCAGGCGCCCCCUGUUUAUCUCCACCAGAUAUCAAGGCAAUCGCAGCCUUGCUGCCUGCCGUGCCUCCAACCCUCACUGCUAACACAAACAGUUUUCAAAAAGAAUGCAAACUGUUAUCAUAAGUUUCUAUCUUCCCCUGGACCCUUUUUCUAAUGCCUUCUUUCUUUUCAUUUUCAGAGUCUCCCCCUCCGCCUUAUUCCCGAUAUCCAAUGGACCUUCUUAAACCACCCGGUGAGUUUUAUUAUUACUUUAAAAAAAAAAAAAGUAGUUUUUCAUGAAUGUUUCUCUCUUGAAUGUAGGCUACAUAUGUUGAGGUUUCUGGUUGUGUUUGUAUUUUUCCAAUGAGCAUACCCACUGGGCACACACUGGUUUAAUCAAUGUUGUUUCCACUUCAUUUCAAUGAAAAUUAUAGUUAUAUUCCAUUUGUAAAAACUAAAAGGCAUAUUAUAGGCUUAUAACUUAUAAGUUAAACAUAAGUUAUGACAACAACAUUAUACUUUUGCCUAGUAAUUUCUAAACAACAUGUUAUUAUGACACUAGUGAAAAGGAAGUCUCAUACUAACUCAGUCAUUCACACUAUUAGGUGCAUUGAGUUCUGUUCUGUGUAUAUGGAAAUGCUCCCUUCUCUGUUUUGAUUUAUGAUGGUAGUCAGACUGAGAGUGGUAUGCCUGCCCGCGCAAUGCAGCCCAGUGCAGAUCAGGGCCCUGUAAUAGAAUGGCAGGUAGCCAAGGCCAGGGCCCAUUCCAGGCUGGCACCAGCUCUGUAGUGGUUGUCUGUCUGCACAAACUUUUGGCUGGAGGGGGUGACCUGGCAGGACAGAUAAACAGCAUUGGCACCAGAGGAGAGAGAGAGAGAGGAGACACACGCAAGGAGGUUACACAAAAAUAAUCACACACACACACGCAAGACACACGCGUUGUGUAUGUGCGUGCGUGAGUGAGGGGGUGGUGGCAUCUGCAGUGAAGGGAGAGUUUGGGGGGAAAUGUGGAUCACACAAGGGAAAAAGACAAAGAUUUCUGGAGCCAUGUUUUAUCUGUUUAAUUAAUCUGACUGUAGAUUACAGCUGAGGAUUUGGGAGUGUCACAUGUGUGUAUGUUUGGAGCUCUUGUGUGUGUAUGCAGGCCUGUGGUUUAGUCUGUGAGCCAUUUUAGAAGGAAAUGUCUGCCAAAAAAGGGAAGUUGGGAGUUAAUGAAAUGCUGUGUGUGUUGCUGCUGUAGGCUAUCAUGGGUCUCAUCCAUGCCUGAUAUGGAAUGAAUCCUUAUAGCCUGCUCUACUUUGGUCAGAUAGAUUUUAUGUGUAUGUUAAAGAUUGAAGUGAAACCAUUAGAAACAUGUUCAUCAUUUAAUAGAUAGAGAAUGAAGAGACAAUGUUUAGUUAAGCAAGGACGAGGUCGUGAGUUGAAGUGUUUUGGCGGCGGCUGUGAGUGAGUCACUCCUUUUAUGAAUCAGACAGUUUUUGGGUUUCCUGCAUGCUCCGAUCAGGCCGCACAGAGUGAACGUUCCGGGGACGUUCCAAAUACCACCCUAUUCCCUAUAUUGUACACUACUGUUUACUUUAUUUUUAUUUUUAUGGUCCACUAUAUAGGGAAUAGGGUCCCAGGGACAUCAUUGCUAAUGGGGCUGGAUCAGCGCUGGGUAGGAAGACAUCGUUUGGGAGGCAGCUUCCUGUGAGGAUGCUUGUAGGGCUCCAUUAACCGUUUACUACACUUCCGCAGCUCUUUUUGGAGUGCUGCUUCUUAGUGAGUGAUGUGGACGAAUACGCCAUGUCCCCAAUGAGAGAACGACACACACACACACACACACACACACACACACACUCUAGUCUCUCAUCUGGUUGUGGUAAGGAGGAAAGAAGAAAGAAAGACGGAGGAAAACAGAAAGAGAAAAGCCCAGUGAAACAAUAGAGCAGGAAGCAGCAGAAGUUUCCCCAACAGCAGCAGCAGAGAAGGAGAAAGUGUCUUUCAUUGAACAUAGGGAAAGAAAAGAGAGGAAGUCAUGUGCAGCUGCGAUUCUUCGAGGGUUCAGUUGAUGUUAAUAUAGUCGAGAGAGAGGGAAACUAAAGAGUGUGAGAGAGGACAGAUAUUAAUAGGACAAUAGAGUGGAGCGUGGCUGGGCUGCAGAGGGUAGGGAGAGAGACUCACACGGAUGCACACACACACACACCGAUAGCACGCGCACACACACACACACACACACACACACACACACACACACACACACACACACACACACACACACACACACUGAGCCUGGAUGUAGAGGACAGAUGAGAUGCCUGACAGACAGACAUGGGAAUUCCCUCUGGGCCAAGGGAGCUGUCAGUCAUCCAGUCCUCCCACUCUAUAUAGGCUCUGACUCCUCUCCUCUUCCGUGUGUCUGUGUGCACGUCCUUGUGUGUGUGUCCACUCCAGCUCUAUUUAGUCCUCUGACUCUUCACCACAAUUUGUUUCACAGGCCACAUUACCAUGCUAACAUCUUACUGGAUUACAUGGUGGUCUGGUCUGCAUAGCAAUGUCCUGCCUCAUCACUCCACAAUAGGAGGAAUACCCCAUGGUGGAGUGCUAGUACAGUGUGUACCUGCAUAUAUAACACAUAUAUUAUGGAUUAUGAGAGGUAUAGGUGUGUAGUAGAACAUUUUUUCUUCUCUGCCUGGCCUUGGGUUGUACUGUGUGUGUAUGCAAACUUUGGCUCCCCUGGGGUUAGGAGCAUGAUGUUGUAAGGCUUGCGUCCUUGACCAGCAGAACCAGCCAUGUACAAUGGGGACAAGGAUCCACUCGAGAGACAGACAGGAAGGUAGACAGACAGUCUUCACUGGACCCAGGUAGGAGCUGGUCGGUCGCGGGCCAAGUUCAAUAGACUAACUGCCACGUCAGAGGCACUGCAAGUCUGAGUGUGUAUGUGGAUAGUUUACCUACAGGACAUGAGCAACAGAUGAUCAAUAGUCAGUCAAUAAUGAGGGCUUAGUAGUGUAUUGAUGAUUCCAAUGUCUGAAGUUUAUGCUAUAAUAAUUCGGCUAUAAAAAACAUCAAAGGGGAGUCAGCGGUAUGUGUUUCAAUUUCUGUUGCUGCAUGCGUAAAUCUGAACAGGAGAGUGUGUGUGUGUGUGUGUGAGAGAGGGAGAGUGAGGGAGAGAAGGACAGAGAGAGAAGUUCUUUAAGGAACAGGAAUCAGAUGGAUGUGUCUCUCUCCAUACUGCCAAAAAUUGGUCAAUAUCAAAGCUGCCGUCGUAAAACGCUAGCUGCCUGCCUCUCUCUCUCUGUCACUUACUUUAAAUCACUCUGUUCACAUCUUUCCUCUUUCCCACACUCUUCAUCCACAUUUUCUGUUUCUAUUUGUUUUACGCUCCAUCCCCGUGACUUUCUAUCUACACCGCUCUCCAUCUCUCUCUCUCAGUAGUUCUUCCAGGUCUUGGGUCUGGACUAGCUCCACCUCAGCCCCGGUACUGUGGUGAACCGUGCCCAGGAAACCAGGCCUGCAGCCUGGACAGCCAUGAAAGAGAGGCAGGCUGCUUGACCGUGGCCCUGUAUCUCGUUAGGUUGACCACAGUACCGUUUUGACAGAGUCCUUUUGAUCCUAUGGAGGCUGAGACUUAACAGAGUCACAGUCCACAUAUUGGAACAGAUUCAUGACUGGCUCACACAGACCGAUUCAUCAGUAGUAGUCUUAUAGACAGAUAAUAAUACUACAUAGAAAAGUUAUUACAUUGAAGUGUAAUACCCGUCUCCCUCGCUGCUACAACUCCUUUUGGUGGCACCACCACAAGAACACAGGGGGUUAAUCUUAGCAGGGACGGGGGGAGACCGAGGAGGAGAAGAGAGGGAGCGAGAGUUUCCUCUGUCGGCUAGUAUGCUAUUAAGAAAAUGCGCUGUACACAGUUUUCAAGGCUGGGGCUAUUUCCUGUUUCGCUCAUUGUUUUGGGUUUGAUGGAGUGUAUCCUGCUAAACUGUAUAUUCCUAUUAGAGACUAGGUCUGACAGUGUCCCAAAUAGCACCCUAUUCCCUAUGUAGUGCACUAUUGACCAGGGCCCAUAGGGAGUCCCAUAGGGCUCUAGUCAAAGGUAGUGCACUAUAUAGUGAAUAGGGUGCCAUUUUGGGACGCAACCAGGCUCUGAUAAGUGAAGUAGUGCUAGGCUACAGUGGAGGCAGACAUGUUUUUCAAGUCAACGCCUCUUUUCCCUCCAAGCCAGGCAUUUAUUUAUUCUGGGCCUUUUAGAAAGUUGGAGGAAAAAGGAAAAUGUGAUUGUGUUGGGAGUCUUGGUUGGUUUUACGGUGUUGGGACUGGGAGAAGGAGCAGAGCAGGGGCGCUGCUGUGUGUUUUAAGUGCUGUGUGUGUGUGUGUCGAGACCUGCCAGAGCCUGUCGUCAGAGCCUCUGCCAGCCCCCCCCCCCCCCCCCCCCCCCCCGCUAUGUCUCUCUCUCUCCCUCUCUCUCCACCAACAUGGCCGCUCUAGUUGUCUCACUGAGUAAAGACUGCUGAGGAUUAUGGGAUUAGUGGUGGCUAGUGUUGAAGGCCGUCACAGGGCAGGCCUCCCACAUUAGUAGUCAGUACUAUUCAUACUCUGUCGAUGAAGGGCUGCUAAGACUUGAUGUGUCUUCGAGAUAUCGCCAACUUUCAUGAUGUUACUAUCCACUAACUAGCAUGUUAAGAAUCUGAUCUAUUUUGUUUUGUGUCAUAUUAUUGUGCUACCAAAGGUUCAGUCGCAAAUACUGUAUGAUUACAAAAAAUGACAAACUACAAAAAUGAUGUAUCUAAUACUGGUAUAUUUGAGGUAACUUCACCAGACAGAAGUGCAGUGAGGUAGUGAGUUUGUAGGAGUGAGCUGUGUGUGUGGAUCUGUGAGGUUAUUAGUGGUGCUCCUGGCUAGCUGUCUGAACUGACUGAGUGACUCCCAGAGCUCAGUGGUCCAGUGUCUUCAUUAGGAAUUGAUUUCACUGUGUGAUUGACAGCUUCUCACAGCUGCUCUCUCUGCUCACACUGUGGUUGAUCUCUCAUUCUAACACACACACACUUCCUCUCUCUCUCUCUCUCUCUCUCUCUCUCCUUCUCUCUUUGUUCAGAUUCUCUAGACUCGGGUCCUUCAUCCACUGAGACUGGAGGAACUACCUACUCGGCCCCUGUGGGGCUCUCAGGUAAGACGCAAGCCCAUGGUUUUUAUUUUUCUCUCUCCCUCCCUCCCAUCCUCCCUCUCUCUUUCUGUCAUGAUGCAGUGGCUAGUUGGAGGGGCCCCUACUUCCCCUCUUCGCUGUAAUAAAAGAAGGGAGGAGUGUUUCUAGAGAUCCACAUAAAAUCCUCCCGGCUCAUUGAACAAGCGCUCUUUACCGCCUUUCAUUUUCCCUCAUGCUGUUUUGUUUAAUGUAAUCCAAACAGAAAAUAGGGCUGUUUGCUUUAGAGAGCGCUGUAUAUUGUGUGUGUUUGCGCUCUUCUUGAUUUUGCCUUUGAUGAGGAUCUGAGCUGAGUUGUUACGGCGUGCGUGUGUGUGUGUGUAUAUACAUUUUGUGAGGCGAUAAUCAUGUCAUCAGUAUACCUGCAAGGGGCCACAACAUCUAAAGCUGGAUGAAGCCCUAUCAAUACUAUAUCCUCCAUGGGAACAUGAACACAGACAUGCAAGCUGCUUAGAGGGUUGGUUAAGGUUGACUGGUCAUGGGGUUGAGUCCAUGUUAUUCUGAACACAAUGCACUCAGCUAGCAGGGGAGGUCUGCUAGCCUUAACCUGUGUUACUGCUCUCUCUCUCUCUCUGGUAAUAAUAACAUAUUCUGUACCUGAGGGAGGGAGGUGUUUUUGGACAGCCUCUAAGUCUUACAUUUUCUCCUAUAAUCCUGUAGGCUAUACCACCUUUCUCGCGUCUCUCUCCAUCCCGCCAUCCAUCCAGAGGCAAGCAGAUAACACGGUGUUUAUGGGUAAAAGAAAGAGGGAAGAAAAUAAAGAAUUCAGCUGUGCUUUCUCUCUCUCGUUCAGAUGUUUCUCAUUACAGAGACUUUAAAGUUUUUUUUAUGUUGGUUGGUCGGGGUGCUUAGCUCGCUCACUGCCUAUUUUUCUUCCCCCUCCUUUGUUUAGGAGAGGAGCGGGUGUUGGCUGGGAGGGACGGAGGGAGGAGGGGGAGGGUCAAUGGUCUCCAGAUAGGGGCUUUUUAGAUUGGGGACUCAGAUUGUGAGCUGGGCUGGCUGUCUGGCUGAGUGUAUAAACACAGAGCAAACAAAGCCUCCAGAAACAGAAAAGUGCAGCUCUCUGUCUCUGUUGUGGAGAGGUUUUUAGCCUGUUUUUUAGAACCCCAGUGCAAACUGUGAAAUCGUAGACUGGAGUCUAACUAGCUAAUCCCCUCACCUCCCCUCCCUCCCCCUCUUCUUCUCCCUCAGGCAUGCACCCCUCCCCUGUUUUCCUUCCUGGCUGA